AUGCCCAGGGAGAUAAUAACGAUCCAAGCCGGCCAGUGCGGCAACAACAUUGGAACCCAGUUUUGGCAGCAGCUAUGCCUUGAGCACGGAAUAAACCAAGACGGAAACCUAGAAGAGUUCGCUACAGAAGGAGGGGAUCGCAAAGAUGUGUUCUUCUACCAGAGCGAUGAUACUCGAUAUAUCCCCCGUGCUAUUCUCCUGGAUUUAGAGCCUAGGGUUAUCAACGCAAUACAGACUGGUCCAUAUCGCAAUAUAUAUAACCCGGAGAACUUCUUCGUAGGGAAACAAGGAAUUGGUGCUGGGAAUAACUGGGCAGCGGGAUAUGCCACCGGGGAGACUGUACACGAGGAGGUAUUUGAUAUGAUUGAUAGAGAAGCAGAUGGAAGCGAUUCAUUAGAGGGGUUUAUGCUUUUACAUUCAAUUGCUGGAGGAACUGGGUCUGGCCUUGGAAGCUUUCUCCUUGAGCGCAUGAAUGACAGAUUCCCGAAAAAAUUAAUACACACCUAUUCCGUUUUUCCCGAUACCCAAGCCGCCGAUGUCGUCGUCAACCCCUAUAACAGUUUACUGGCAAUGAGAAGAUUAACCCAGAAUGCUGACUCUGUGGUCGUACUUGAUAAUGGUGCCCUGUCGAGAAUCGCUGCUGAUAGGCUCCAUGUACAGGAACCCUCUUUUCAGCAAACUAACCAACUAGUAUCUACCGUCAUGUCGGCCUCUACAACAACAUUGCGUUACCCUGGUUAUAUGCACAACGACCUUGGUAGUGUCAUCGCCUCCCUUAUUCCUAUCCCCCGAUCGCAUUUCCUUAUAACAUCGUAUACUCCAUUCACUGGAGAUAUCGUUGAGCAAGCCAAGACUGUUCGCAAGACCACUGUUCUAGACGUGAUGCGCAGACUGCUCCAACCCAAAAAUCGUAUGGUUUCGAUAAACCCAAGCAAAUCAAGCUGUUAUAUCAGCAUUCUUAAUAUCAUACAAGGCGAAGCCGACCAAACAGAUGUGCAUAAAUCAUUAUUGCGCAUUCGAGAACGCCACUUGGCCACUUUCAUUCCAUGGGGCCCUGCAAGCAUCCAAGUUGCAAUUCCCAAAAAAUCGCCAUAUCUUUCAAACACACAUCGUGUAAGUGGGUUAAUGCUUGCCAAUCAUACGUCAGUGGCAACUCUCUUCAAAAGAAUCGUAAGUCAAUAUGACAGGUUACGAAAACGCAAUGCCUUCUUGGAACAAUACAAAAAAGAGGCGCCCUUUGCAGAUGGACUGGGCGAAUUCGAUGAGGCGAGGGCUGUGGUUAUGGAUUUGGUUGGCGAAUAUGAAGCCGCAGAACGAGAAGACUACCUUGAUGGCGGGGAUGAAAUCUACAAAUCGCUCAAUAUGGCCGACAAAGGAGGACCAGGCGCCCAGCAGCCAGGCGAUGCCAAAAAUACUGCGGAGAGACUUUCCGACACGAUGAAGUCCGGCCCGGAGGGCAUGAAGAAGUCUGCCGAGGGAGCAGUCAACCAAGCUAAGGAGUCUGCGACCAAAGCAACCGAUUCUGCAUCAAAGGCUAUGGGAAUGGGUAGGCCAGAAGUAAUCCUGCCCUACAGCGCAUCUUCGGUGGUUGUUCGGGACCUUGGCUUUAAAGAUUGA